GAGCGCAACUAAACCUUCCGUGGUCCUCAAGGAUUAUUAGAAGCUGGCUCAACAACGAAAGAACACAGAACGAGCAGAAUAAACGAGAAAGAAAUAAACCCUUGCAGUUAACUUGAAGGUCAACAUCACUAUCAGAAAAACCGACACAUCUCAUUUGAAUUUAUCAGCACAAUAUAUGGAAAACUAUAUAAAAUCAUCUCUCAGCUGAUGGUAACUCAAUAACUGACUAGGAGAAGUUAACGGGACUGCAGGCUGCAACUUUGCCACGCUUUCUUUAAUUUGGAAGACCAUUCAAGGGGCCUAUAAAUGCAACGCUGUUUAAUUUAUGAGAAGACAAUGGCACCAGAGACAAGGAAUGGAGGAAGCUCUUCCCGGAAUAACAACAACUGUAAAGACAACUGCAGGAGAAAGUUCCUCGUCGGUAUGGAUCUCGUCUGCUUGUUUUUAGUGAUACUCUUUGCUGCCUUUCUGCACAAGUUUCCCAUCGUGCCCCACCGGAGGGGCUUGUUCUGCAAUGCCAGCAGCAUCAGUCUGUCCUAUAAGAGCAGCACGGUGCCCACCGCUGCCCUGGUAGCUGUCGGGUUCACUGUGCCCGUCACCUCCAUCAUCAUUGGGGAGAGCUAUAGGAUUCACUACCUGAACGAGGGCUCCAAGUCCUUCGUAGGGAACCCCUACAUCUCCGCCCUCUACAAGCAGGUGGGCGUGUUCAUCUUUGGCUGUGCAGUCAGCCAAUCGUUCACGGACAUCGCCAAGGUGUCGGUGGGCCGCAUGCGUCCCCACUUCCUGGACGUGUGCAAGCCCGAUUGGUCCACCAUUAACUGUUCCCUGGGCUACAUCACAGACUACCAGUGUCAUGGGCCCGAGAGCAAAGUCCAGGAGGCCAGGAAGUCGUUCUUCUCUGGCCAUGCAUCCUUUUCCAUGUACACCAUGCUGUAUCUGGUGUUCUACCUGCAGUCCAGGUUCACCUGGCGUGGAGCCCGUCUCCUGCGCCCCCUGACCCAGUUCACCCUCAUCAUGAUGUCUUUCUACACCGGCCUGUCCCGCGUCUCCGACCACAAGCACCACCCCACAGACGUCCUAGCUGGCUUCGCACAGGGAGCCUUGGUGUCUUACUGCAUAGUGUUUUUUGUAUCUGACCUGUUCAAGCCCAGAGGCAGGAGUUCAGCUCUACCAGUGACCCCAGUAAAGAACCCAACCAACCCAAUGACAGACAUCAGAGAGAGGAGCAACCACCUCACCAUGGCAUAGUACAGACCACUAGAGUACAGAUACCUACCGCUGUAGGUUUUAAAGAUCAUUUACUUCAUCUACUGGUCUGUACUGGAUACAUUCUACAACCAGCCAAAGAAACAAGACUGAAAACUGACAUGUCUGUAAGGCACAGAGAAAUAAUAAACUGGAAAACAUUUGAAAAAAGAGGAGAGUUGUGUACACACACACACACACACACACACACACACACACACACACACACACACACACACACACACACACACACACACACACGCCUUUUGAACAGCCAGCAACUCCCAUGUUGCUCACCAUCUCAUCUGACAUGUGAAUGUGGAAGAACGUGGGGAGCACGGCUCUCAAUUCCUAUCCGGAGAACUCUGUUUCUCUAUCGUGCUUUCAUUAGUGAAGGUCUCCAUGGAACCUGCUGCUCUACAGAUUGACUUGGUCUGGUAACUUCAGGCAACAUGGAUUCAGGCUCAUAAUUCUGCCUAUGACAGAAACGCAUGAACAGAAACAAAUUCCUUGAUUACAGGAAGGAUGUUUAUUUUACGAAUAAUCUUUGUUAUAUAGUCGAGCUAUAGCACUAUAUCCAAACUCGAUAUUUGAUUUGAUUGUCACCACUUGAAUGAACUGAAGUGAAGCUUUUUUUGUAAAGCUUUGUAUUAAAAUCAGCUUUUAGGUCUCCUGACAUGUAGUUUGUAUAGAAGUGUAGUUAUAGGUAAUGGAGGUGUAAUAGUGUGUACAGUAGAUAGACAGGUGGGUUUCUUUCUGCUGGUUGGGACGAGCCUCCACUGAGCCCUGUAAUUAAAUAACUGUGUGUGCCAGAUGGCUACUCACAAGUGUUAGGACAGAGUGACUGUGAGUGUGUGUGUGUGCACUGCCAUGAGUGUGUGUGUGUAUGUGUGUCUGUCAUGUGCCAGUAUAUGAAUGUCAUGUCCAUAUUUGAGUGAGUUGGUGUGUCUUGUCAUAAAUGCUUCAGGUUGAAGAUCGGGACCAUGAGGCUGCUUCAACACACGUUUAUAUUAAAAAAAGGAAAACUGUGGAAUUAUACUUUCUUAUAGCUUUGUGAUACAUUUUGUAAUGAUUCACAUAUACUGUGCCAACUGCAUCAACAACAAAAAUAACCCCAUCUCUGUGACAACGCAGUAUAUCCUGUCCUUUCAUGUCAUUUCAACCACACAGCAAUAUGUUUUAUUUUUUUAGAUAAUUUAUGUAUCAGAGAAUUUUACAAUAUCAUUUAUCUACCUUUUCAUUAAAUAUCCACUAUGUUUUUUGAUGUGUCGAUACCUGUGUAAUUGUGCUGCUUAAACAAGCAAUGAUUGCCAGAAGUAAUUUAAUGAAAUUACUUUUGUGAGUAUUCAAACUUUGUAAAAUUGCUUUUUCUAAAGACAGCUUCAAUACAUGUAUAUUAAAAUAACCUUUUAAUAUUUUUGUAUUGUCCUUUUUGUAUUUUCUUCAAUAAAAAUACAAGCCAUA